AAUCAAACGUCAUUUCAUAAAUCAUAGCAGUCUCGAAAUGGAGUGUCAGACGUGUCCAUAACAAAUACAAAUCCGUUUUAAGUUCUUGUGAUUUCUGUGAUGCUAUCUAUUGCUUGAUAACAGCCUGAAAACGUUUUCGAUUAUGUACAUUUCUUGUAAACCCCUGUUUCUGCAACAUUCGCGUCAAAAAUAUGGAAGAGGAGCUUAGCGAGAAUGAAUUGGAGGAGCGUAUGUACUCUACUCUACAUUAUGUAGACGACACUCAGGCUAACAGUACGGACAGUUUGAACGCAAAAGAUGGGGAACAAAUUGACAUCGUCCCUCGCAGUACCGUGCGUCGCUAUUGGCGUACCAGUGGGGACCAAAAUACACAAUAUCGAAAAGUAAAUUCCCCACAAACAACAGCAAACAACACAGAAAAACAGCAACAGAAUCCAAAACUAAAUGAAGCAAAGCAACAAAAAUUAAAUCAACAAAACAAUAAUCAAUCAAAAUGUAAACCUUCAGAAAUAAACCCAUCAAAAUCCAAACCCGAAGAAAAAGAUCAACCGCCUAAAGAGGAAAAAUCUAAUUUGUCAAAUGAGACAGCAGAUUUGUCCAUAUUUCAACAACCAGUAUCAAAAAAUUUAAAGAAAACAAUUGAAAUAUUGGAUAUAGAUGAUGAUUGUCGCGUAGUUGAUAUCCAGUCUAGUGAUGAGGAUGAAGUCAUUGAAGUGGCCCUGCCACCUAAACCGACCAUAACUAUUGAGAGUUCAGAUGAAGAUGAAAUAUGUCCUGUAACCAUUGUAUCCCCAUCUAAAGAGAAUAAUGGCAAAAAUAUCAGCGAGAGCAGGGUUUUAAGAGAAGUAUCAUCUAGCCCCGUCCCAUCUGUGGUAUCUUCUGUGUCUGAUGAAUUCAUACGAGGAGACUGCAUUGCACUAAACAUAUCCUCUCGACACAACAAUAACCAAAGCUUUGAUUUCGGUCUCCAUGGCACUGAUUUGCUUGGGCAGACGCCAUUGAAGAAAAAGAAGAAGAAAAACAAAAAUAGUGCCACAUCCACACCAAUUCCCAAUCAAAUUGUUACAAGCAUAAAUAAUUCAGUUGAUUCCUGUUUUGCAACACCUAAAAGCAAAGCCAAGAAUAAGAAAAAGGCAAAAGCAAGUAAGUCACAGAAAAAUAUUAUGAAUGUGGAUUGUUAUGAUUCAGACAGUAAUCUCUCUUUAAUUGAAUCAAACAAAUCUUACACAGUAACUGAAAAGAGUUUCCCAAGUGCAGAUGUAUAUGAAUCAGAUUCAAAUCAAUCCGUGCAAAUUAAGGUUCAAAGCACAAAACAUCAAGAGAUAUCAAGCACUGAAGUUGACAGUUCAGAUGGUAGUGUCACUGAUAAACCAGAAGAAGUAAAUACAAUUCCAUCAAAUGUUAUCAAUGAUAGCGAUGUAACUAUCAUUAACGAUUCAGAUCUGGUCGAUCUGACUGCACCUGAACCAGUAAUUGACGAAAAUAUUGUUAUGGCAAAUGUAACCGGAUUCCCAGAGGAUGAUGAUGAUGAGCUGAUUGACGUUGACAGUGCAACGAAAUUAGGUUCUACUAAGAUUCCAGCUAUACUCUGUGAAGACCUUGACUUCGAUAAUCUGAAAGGAAACCAAGUGUUCAAACGACGACGUUACUCCCUUACGACACUGCGAGCUGAAAUGGAAAAAUUCUAUAAUGAAAGUUGGGGUGGAGAGAACUUUAAUCAUAGAGAGAUACAGAAAAAUAUGUCACGUGAUAAGAGUCUUUGGGUGAUCGACCCAAAAGAUAGAAUGCCGUCAAUGACAAAGAGGAAAAUAACGUGCAAUUACUGCAAUCGUAUAGGGCAUCGAGACGACGCGUGUAAGUGGAAGCCACCGCUGUGCUUCAUGUGCGGCUCCGAGGGACACUAUGAGCCGAGGUGUCCGCGGAAGAUAUGUGUUAAUUGCGGUUCACCCAACCACAUAUACUCGAACAUGUGCCGCAACUGUUCCAACUGGCACAACAUCAAUUGCAAGGAGUGUGGCCAGAACGGGCACCCGGCUAGCCACUGUCCCGAUAUAUGGCGUCGCUACCACAAUACGAUUGAUGUGACUCUGAAAUUGGAACAAAACCUCCAAACCAAGAAGCAUUACCAGCACUUCUGCAGUGGCUGCACCCGCCGUGGUCACUUGGUGCACGCCUGUCGUAACACCCUCCCCUUCUCCGGGCUACCCAUUAACUCGCCCUAUGUCUUUUCCUAUAAUCCCAUAUACACCAACAUACCCAACGAAAACAUAAAUCCUAACAGGAACAAAAAUGUUCAACCAGACACCACAAUUGUGGUAGAUUCACCAAAUUCAAGAAUGGAUCGAAACAAGCGUCAAUCGAAAUCUCCCGUCGUGCACGAAACACAUUUGAACAAGAAGAGGCUUACGAGUGUUUCCGAGUCGGGUGAUGCCGGCAGAAAUCCUAAAAGUCCCCUAAUUCAUAAUAAAAAUGCCCCCCAAAAUCAAGUAGAUUCCGCCAAAUGUAUAGUAACAAACAAAAGUUCCAUUACCGAAGAGAGUAAUAAAAACACAAAUGUAGAGGCCGCUCCUGACUUUAUCCCGAUCAAUAAUUCAAAUCAUAAUGAAAAGGGACAAAUCAUACAGGACAAUGAAGUCUCGGAUACGAGCGAAGUUAUUACUUCCGCACGAAUUUAUCUAACAAGCGAAAUGAAAGAAGCUUUAAAAACAGAAGAGGGUAAAAAUUGGUUGAAAGAAGCUAAAGAUAGAAAUAAGAUCACUAUAGACUUCAAUGAUGCAGACAUAUUUGUGAGUAUUAUGGGAUCCGUUGGGGACCAGGAGGCUUUCCAAUCAGAACUCAGAGAAUGGACUCGAAGCAAACACCUGGAUCAAUCUCACACAGAAGUUAAUAAAAGUAAACAAUACCAGCCUCAACUGUGUGUUGACAUGCCUCGAAAGCGAAUAACGUUAUUGAAAAAAGUCACUGAAGCUCUGGAAUCGUUGAAUAGAAAUAUUGGCGAUCCCAACACACUAUUCAAAGAGCUAAAGUACCUGCAGAAUCGUCAUGGGCAACUUUUGAAAACGAAAGUGGUUAGCUCCGCACAAUUAGACAACAACAGGGAUAACAUGAAAAGGAUGAUGAAAAAGCUUAACAUGAUAUUACUUGGCCAAGCAGGACUUGCCGGUGGGAUGGAACAUUUGAGUAAACUUUACGAUUUACAAAGGAGGCUCACCAACCUAAGACAAAACACAGUAUCGAAAACUUUACGCGAUGAAAUUGGACAACAUUUCCACAGCAUAUUCUCGAGUUUACCACGCGACGAUUAUGCAGAUCUGGUCAACAAAUUCUAUGUUGGCCACAAUAACACAUUAACUUAUAAGAAAAAGAAUGACAAGGUGUUCAGGAUUGGUCCCAAGCCGCAGAAAAAAUCUGUGCUAUUUGUUCCAAGGAACAGUGACGUACGAGACGCCGAGGAAACCGAUAAAAAUGCACCAAAAACUCGGAAACUCCAGAAAUCCUUAAACAAGCUGGUAUUCUAUCACAGGAGACUGGUCAAUUCUUCGCCUGCAGAUUCGAAGUCUAUAAGGACACGUCAUUUUUUGGUGCAGAAACUCCACAACAAUAUUGCAAGAUUGGGGACUUUAACCAGCAUUUCGACCACAGCUGUGAAAAAAUUGCAAAGAAUACAAGAUGAGGCGCAAAUGUUCUUGUCUAAUGUCUAAGAUUUAGCACGUAAAUUGACAGAAAUGUAUGCGUGACAAAACGCUCUAUGCGCAAGAAAAGUGACUAUUAUUCCCAUUCAGAGAUGGGUUUAUUUACCGAGUCACUUUUCUUUUGGUGUUAUUGCACCUCAUUGUGCAUGCUGCAUACUUAUAAAAAUAAACUUAGUAUAAAGCAUA